AAAUUAGUGAGGUUAUAUCUUUUCAAAACAACGAAAACACGAUACACGGUUUAAAUUUUUCUUAUUUUCUUUUAUUUUAAAAUACAAUGCCUAGAUUAAGAAAACAACGAAGAAGGAAAACUUAUAAGCAUAAUAUAAACAGAAAAAGAUUACGAAAUAAAAUAGAAGGUGUUGGAAAUAUUAGUUGUAAAGAAAUCAAGAAUGCUUGGGAUAAGAAAAAAUCAGUUCAAUCAAACUUAGAAGAGAUGGGCUUGUCAUAUGAUCCAAAUAAAACUAUUGAAAUACCCAAAAGGAAAAAACAACUCAAAGAAGCAUUAGGUGCGUCUGAAGGUACCGAAUGGAAAGCCGAAGAAAUAAAGCAGAACAGUAAAAAUUAUGUAGUGAAAGCAUUGGAAAGUGAGGCAAAGGCUCCAAGAGAAAAAAGGUUUCAAUUGCCAAAAGGCCAAGUGGAGUGGAUAACAUAUUUAUUGAGGAAAUAUGGUAAAGACUACAAAGCCAUGGCAAGAGAUAGGAAAAAUUACUAUCAAGAGACUUGGAAACAAUUGAGACAGAAAAUUCGAACGUUUAAGAAAAUACCAGUACAAUAUAAUAAAUAUUUGCAGGAAAAUGGACUAACAGCAAGUGACACGGAAGAACCAGAAAUAUCUGACGACGAGCUUUGAAUAAUGUAAUAAUUGAAAGUGUAAAUAAUAACUUAACCACAAAAUAAAUAAAUGUGAGGUUUUAAGUAAAA